UCUCAAACCUAUAUAUACCCCCUAUUUUCUAACACAUUACAUCAUAUCAUAACAAGCAAAACUUCUCUCUCAUUUUCUAUCCAAAAUGGCUUCUAAUUCUGCUCCCAAUGAGUUUCAUGUAUUUAUGCUAAUUGGCAUAAUGGUAACCUUUAUGGUGGCUACUUGUGAUGGUAGCUUCUUCCAAGACUUUGAUCUAACAUGGGGUGAUAACCGUGCUAAGAUAUUCAAUGGUGGUCAACUUCUAUCACUCUCCCUUGACAAAGUCUCUGGCUCUGGCUUCAAAUCAAAGAAUCAGUACCUAUUUGGAAGAAUCGAUAUGCAACUCAAACUCGUUGCUGGCAAUUCCGCAGGCACUGUCACUGCUUACUACCUGUCAUCCCAAGGGCCAACCCAUGAUGAAAUUGAUUUUGAGUUCUUGGGAAACACAACUGGUGACCCUUACAUUCUUCACACAAACAUCUUUACUCAAGGCAAAGGUAACAGAGAACAACAGUUCUACCUUUGGUUUGACCCCACAAGAAACUUCCACACUUAUUCCAUCAUUUGGAAGCCACAACACAUCAUAUUCUUGGUUGAUAACACACCCAUAAGGGUAUUCAAGAACGUUGAAUCUAUGGGUGUUCCAUUUCCAAAGAACCAACCAAUGAGAAUCUAUUCGAGCCUGUGGAAUGCUGAUGAUUGGGCGACAAGAGGUGGAUUGGUGAAAACGGAUUGGUCUAAAGCACCCUUUACAGCAUACUACCGUAAUUUCAAGGCCACUCAGUUCUCAUCUUCAACUUCAAAUUCUGAUUCUGAAUGGCAGAUAAAUGAGCUUGAUGCUUAUGGUAGAAGAAGAUUGAGAUGGGUUCAAAAGUACUUCAUGAUUUAUAAUUAUUGUAAUGAUCUCAAACGUUUCCCACAAGGUGUUCCUCUUGAGUGUAGCCACUAGGCACUAACAAAAAUGUUGUUUCAUUUUUAUAGUUGUUACUGUAUAUUAAGGGGUUAUGUUCAUAUAAUAAAAAGUUUAUGUUGCUCUGCAAA